AUGCCAAAAUUAAAGUCUGGAUGUCACAAUUGCUCCCGUCGUCGCGUCAAGUGCGAUGAGACCCGACCACACUGCAACAAGUGCCGCGCUCAAGGACUGGAAUGCGCCGGCUAUGGUAUCGAGGUCAGAUUCGUCUCCGGUGUGACGUACCGUGGCAAGAACAAAGGUCAGGCUCUACCAGGUCGGAAAGGACCGAAGCGCACACCUCACGGUUCGGUGUCUAUUCAAGCGUCAGGUAUUGUCUGGUCAGAUGUAUCACUUACAGGCAACACCACGAGAGAACAAGAGGAGACUGUGCCAGCGGCGGAAUCCUUUCAUCCCGGGCCCGAUGACUACUGGCACAACGCUAGCGACACAGUGGCGGUCUAUGCCAACACUCUGGAGCAGUAUACGGAUAUCAAUUUCGGCACGUCUAUCGAGUCGGGCUUCAUCGAGGAGAUCCAGGAGUAUGCGGCGACUCCAAACGAGAUAUUGCCAGAUUCAGACCAUGCAUUGCAAUUGAGCAAUUACACCACGAGCCGUACCUGCAGUCCAUCGCAGGGGCUGAUCGGUAUGGACGCUGGUCCGCGGGAACUGUUUGCUCACUUUUCCGAGGCCAUUGCUCCAGUGAUGGUCGUGUUUGACGGAAAAUUCAACGGGUAUCGGGACCUGAUCCUCCCCAUGGCCGUCGAAGACGACCUGGUCAAGCAAGCGGUCUCCGUCGUGUCCAUGUACCAUCUUGCUCGCCAACGCGGCGGGUCCGAGGCGCCCGCCGACGCCAGGCUGCAAGAGAUCAUCCGACGGCUCCGCGAGCGGACCGACACCUUCAGCCUCUCGGACGUGUCGGCGUGGGCGACGAUCGUCGUUCUUCUGACGGGCGAGACCGUCACGGGCGGGACCAACCUGCCGUACCUCUUCCGGCUUCUGCAGCAUCUCACGGACGCGAACGGCGCCUCUGCCGCCGGCCACGGGGGCCAGGGGUCGUCGGCCAUCCACUCCUUCCUCAAGGAGCAGACGCUGAUGAUGACGCUGUUCGCGCAACCGCUCCUCGGAGAGGGCAUGGGCACCUCGACCCUGUCCGCCGUGGACAACUACCUCGGCUUCAUCUCCAACGCGGCCAUCUUCUUCCCGGCGCUUGUGCCGCGGAUCAACGCGCUGAUCGCCAUCAUCCGCCGCGCGUGCGAGAUAUACUUGACCCGCGCGACCGUCGGCCCGCCACACGCGGCCACGGUCGGUGCCCUUGAACGCCUCCGCCUGCUGUGUUUGCAGAUCCCCGUGCAUCAGCCGGGCCACCACGCCCUCGUCUGGGCAUACUUUGUCGCCGCGGCCGAGAGUUCCACCCACGAGCACCGGAGCUUCUUCACGCAGCGACUGACCCAGAUCCACUCGCAGACCAGGUUCCAUAACAUCCCGGCGGCCCUGACGACUUUGCAGAUGCUGUGGAGAUGUCAGGGCGAGAGACGCUGGACCGAAGUCGUCGCCGCGAAUAAGCCCGUCUUCAUCAUCUGA